AUGGCUACUGUGUUGGGAACAUACAUGUAUCCUCAGAUCAGCUAUACAGCAACUAUAGCCUCUCUGAAUAACCGUCUUCUGUAUCCAUCAUUCUUCCGCACCAUUCCUAGUGACAACAGACAGGCUAAGACCCUAGCUGCACUGGUUGCCUAUAUGGGGUGGAACUGGGUUGGCCUACUGUCUCUGAAUGAUGACUAUGGAAUCGUAUGUUCUCAAGUUCUCAAAGAUGAACUACAAAAACUGAGAGUGUGCAUUGCAUAUCAUGAAACAUUUGGACCAACCACCUCCAUUUGGAAAUUGAAUUACAUUGCGGAUUUGGUCAUUCAGUCAUCAGUUAAGGUUGUUAUAAUAAUUUCCAGGGAUCCUUUUGUCCAUCCUUUAAUGGACCAUCUAUUAGAGAGAGACCACACGAAACGCAUAUGGCUUGGUACCGAAGGAUGGUCUCGUUCACCCUUGGUUGCCUCCAAGAGGUUUAGUAAAAUGAUGCUGGGGACUCUUGCACUGUGUUUGCACGAGAUGGGUAUUCCAGGGUUAAAGGAAUAUCAACUUGCUCUCCGACCUUCAACCUCACUUCCUAAGGACAUCUUCAUUGAAGAAUUCUGGGAAGGGGUCCAUGGGUGUCGGUGGUCAAACAAAAGCAAUGCUGAAGAAAACGGCACAUUGUGGUGCACAGGGGAAGAGAAGCUGACCAGAUUUAGGGGCAGGGAAUAUGAGUUCAAUGAAUUUGACUUUAGUACCCACUAUCUGGUGUAUAAUGCAGUGUAUGCUCUGGCUAAUGCCCUACAUGAACUCAUUUUCUGUUCAUCCAAUCAAGAUCAACACGGAACAUGUGAACAUCUAAAAGACAUAGCCCCUUGGCAGAUUGUCAACUCCAUAAAAAAUCUGCAUUUUAAGAAUCCAAUGGGAGAAGAAAUAUAUUUCGAUUCUACUGGAAACCCACCAACAGUCUAUGACGUGAUAAACUGGCACAGGAACCCAGAUGGGUCCAUCGAGUUUGUGAAGGUUGGGCGCUACAAUCUACGUGAAUUUCAAGAGAAUGAGCUGGUCAUCAAUGCCACUAGAAUUACGUGGAUCACUGGAGAACAAGAGAUCCCUUACUGUGCGUGCUCUGAAAGUUGUGCUCCAGGAUUUCGAAAGGCGACUCAAAAUGGACAACCAAUGUGCUGCUUUGACUGCGUUCCAUGUUCAGAAGGGGAAAUAUCUGAUCACAUAGAUUCUAGCAACUGUUCUCCAUGUCGAGAUGAACUGUGGCCAAACGAAAAUAACACUCUAUGUAUUCCGAAAGUUGUUGAGUUUUUGUCCUACUGGGAACCACUUGGAAUUACUUUGACCACAACGGUUGUCACGUGUUCAUUCAUCACUGUCAGCAUAUUGUGCGUGUUCAUCAAAUACAAAAACACGGCCAUAGUCAAAGCCAACAAUCGAGACCUCACCUAUCUCCUCCUCACUUGUCUGUCAUCGAGCUUCUUGUGCUCACUACUUUUUAUAGGAGAACCUCAAAAACUCACUUGUCGCUUCCGCCAAGGAGCAUUUGGUGUCAUCUUUGUUCUUAGUGUUUCAUGUGUUAUGGCCAAGACUAUCAUGGUGGUCAUUGCUUUUAGAGCUACCAAACCAGGAAGCAACAUGAGGACAUGGAUGGGACCUAAAGUCCCAGCUUCAGCCAUUUCUCUCUGCACUUCCAUCCAGCUUUCCAUCUGUGUAUACUGGAUGCUCCAAUGCCCUUCAUUCCCUGAAAGAAAUAUCAAGAUCAAAACUGGGGUCAUCAUCUUCCAAUGCAAUGAAUGUUCAGAUACCCUUCUAUGGUGCAUGCUGGGAUACAUGGCGUUUCUGGCAUGCGUCAGCUUUCUCAUGGCAUUUUUGGCCCGGAAGUUACCAGACAGCUUUAAUGAGGCCAAGUGGAUCACGUUCUCCAUGUUGAUCUUCUUGAGUGUCUGGAUCUCCUUUGUCCCAGCCUAUCUCAGCACUCAAGGCAAGUUUAUGGUGGCCGUUGAAGUUUUUGGCAUUUUAGCAUCCAGUGCCGGGAUUGUAGGUUGUAUAUUUGUGCCCAAAUGCUAUAUUAUAUUAUUAAGGCCGGACCUGAACACCCGACAGAACCUACUGGGUAAGGAUUUCGGAUCAGUCUCAUACAUCGUCCAUCGUCCUCCACCAUCUACAAUGAGGCUUUCCAUCCUGAUCUUCUUUUUCUUCCAUGGGACUUGUUGGACCAUAGCCCAUUAUUGUCUUUACCAACCAAAAACCGUCGAUGUGAAGGAAGGCGAUUCAGUCACCAUCCCGUGUACAUACACCUAUCCUGAGUAUAUCAAAGAGAAGCCACAGAUACUUUGGGGAGUGAGUGAUGGUGAAGACUGUUAUAAUAUCACGAAAUACAUCACAGAUAAUUCUGGGAAUAUACUAGAUGAGUAUAAAGAGCGGAUCUCUAGAGUAACCCAUCCUGAUAACUGGACAGAGUCUCUCAUAAUCCGAGGACUGAAAUAUACAGAUGGAGACACGAUCUGCUGUACAGCAACUGUAUCUUCACGUGGUCGUAAACCAUACACCUGGUCUGACUAUGGGACGUCUCUCAUUUUUGAAGGUAAAAAAUAA